CAGGGCGCAGGACACUUAGAGGAGUUUCAGCCAAUGUGCAGAAGCCAACAACAGAGCAGAGAUUUUGUAGGAGAGACGAAAUCUAAAUUUAAAAACAAAAGUUUCGAGGUGAAACUCAGAAAUAAUCUCUGCGUGUCAUUGUUAUGAACGCGUAGGGCGGCAGGCACAGCGAUGGCGGAAGAGGAUGACAUCUGGCCCAUGUUUGCGGUGGGCCAGCCCAUGGGCAUCGAUAUCAGGGCUCGAGUGCAGCAGUUUGUGGAGGAGAGGAUGCAGACCACCAUGUUAACCGGCAUCAUGAUCGGAGCGGCUGUGGCCAUCUCACUGAUUGGAAUCGUGGUGCUGUGUAUCUACCGACGGUUCAAGCAGUCGAGGGAGCAGCAGGCAGGCGGGCCUCGGUACCGCUUCAGAAAGAGGGACAAGGUGAUGUUCUACGGGAGGAAGAUCAUGAGGAAGGUGCAAACCCUGUCCUCCUCCACCUCCAUCAGUGGACUCAAGGCCGAGUCGAGGCAGCGACCCCGGAAGAGAACCCGAGUGCUGACCCUGGCCCGGAGAAUCCUGCGGAUUCGGAAGGAGCCCCCCACUCUGCAGCCCAAGGAGCCCCCCCCCUCCCUGCUGGAGGCUGACCUGACGGAGUUCGAUGUGAAGAACUCUCACCUGCCCUCCGAGGUGCUGUACAUGCUCAAGAACGUGCGGGUGCUGGGGCACUUUGAGAAGCCUCUCUUCCUGGAGCUCUGUAAGCACAUGGUGUUCGUUCAGCUGCAUGAGGGAGAGCACAUGUUCCGACCGGGCGAGGCUGACGACAGCAUAUACGUGGUGCAGGACGGCAGACUGGAGCUCUGCAUACAGGAGAGUGACGGGACAGAGCCAGUGGUGAAGGAGGUUCUCCCAGGGGACAGUGUCCACAGCCUGCUCAGCAUCCUGGACAUCAUCACAGGUUACCCCGCCCCCUAUAAGACAGUGUCGGCCCGUGCAGCGGUUCGCUCCACGAUCCUGCGCCUUCCGGCCAGCGCCUUCAAGUCCCUCUUCGAGAAAUACCCCGAAACGCUGGUCCGAGUCAUCCAGAUUAUCAUGGUGCGUCUGCAGAGAGUCACGUUCCUGGCUCUUCACAACUACCUGGGGCUGACCACUGAGCUCUUCAACUCGGAGAGCCAGGCCAUCCCGCUGGUCUCUGUCUCCAGUGUAAUUGCAGUAGGCAGCCCGGGGCGAGGAGUGAGGAGGCAGCUCUCUACUGCCGCCCCGGAGGAGGAGCCCAGCCCCAGCACUGAGGGGCCAGGAGAGAGCAGCAGCGAGACAGAGCCGGUGAAAGUUUCUGCUUCGGACAGCGUCUCGGCUAACUUCAGGAGGAGCCGCUCCCAGUCCAUGCCUCUGGAGCCAGCAGGUACUUCUCCCUCCAGCAAGUCGGACCUGGACAUGGCCUACGAGAGGGCGAGGGUCAACCGGGCUCUGGAGGACCUGCCCGCCAUCGCCAUCACGCACAAGUCGAUCCUGAAGAAGAGUGUGACGAUGCAGGAGACCCCCUCUGCUGUGUAUCACUACACUGAGGGGGAAGAGCGCACUGACCAGGUCCCCCCCAGCAAGGUCAGCUCCAUCUACGAGGCAGCCAAGACAGACCUGCUGAGACUCAUGAAGCUGAACGACCCCAGUCUGCUGAAUGGCAGGGUGACGCUGCAGCAGGUGAAGGCUGGCACAGUCGUGGCCAAGCAGGGAGACCAGGACGUGACUAUCCGCUUUGUGAUCUCGGGGCUGCUCCACGUCUACCAGCGCAUGAUCGACCGCGAGGAGGACACCUGCCUGUUCAUCACCCACCCGGGGGAUCUGGUGGGGCAGCUGGCAGUGCUGACCGGGGAGCCUCUCAUCUUCACCGUGCGAGCGCAGCGCGACUGCAGCUUCCUCUCCAUCACCAAGACGCACUUCUACGAGAUCAUGCGUGAGGAGCCCGGCGUGGUCCUGAGUGUGGCGCACUCUGUGGUCAGGAGGAUGUCUCCCUUCGUCCGGCAGAUCGACUUCGCUCUCGACUGGAUGGCAGUGGAGGCAGGCAGGGCCGUCUACAGGCAGGGCGACAAGUCUGACUGCACCUACAUCGUGCUGAACGGCCGACUGCGCUCCGUCAUCAUGCAGGACGACGGGAAGAAGGAGCUGGCUGGGGAGUACGGGCGCGGAGACCUCAUCGGAGUGGUGGAGGCUCUCACCCAUCAGCCCCGCGCCACGACGGUCCACGCGGUGCGAGACUCGGAGCUGGCCAAGCUGCCAGAGGGGGCGCUGAACUCCAUCAAGAGGCGCUACCCGCAGGUGGUGACGCGCCUCAUUCACCUGCUGGGUCAGAAGAUCCUAGGUAACCUGCAGCAAGUCAACGGGCCCCUGUCAGCUCGUGGCCUGGGUCUGCACAGCUCUGGCAGUAAGUGGGAUGCUGGGAACCCGGCCAGUAACCUCUCCACUGUGACCAUCCUGCCCGUCUCGGAGGAGGUGCCAAUGACCGCCUUCACGCUGGAGCUGCAGCACGCCCUGGAGGCCAUCGGUCCCACGUUACUGCUGACCAGUGACAGCAUCAAGCAGAGGCUGGGGUCCGCAGCGCUGGACAGUGUUCACGAGUACCGCCUGUCCAGCUGGCUGGGGCAGCAGGAGGAUAUCCAUCGCAUCGUUCUGUACCAGUCUGACAGCAGCCUGACACCCUGGACCCAGCGCUGCAUCCGCCAGGCAGACUGCAUCCUCAUCGUGGGGCUGGGAGACCAGGAGCCCACUGUGGGAGGGCUGGAGCGCAUGCUGGAGAGCACGGCUGUGCGUGCGCAGAAGCAGCUGAUCCUGCUGCACCGCGAGGACGGCCCCGCCCCCUACCGCACCGUGGAGUGGCUCAACAUGCGCAGCUGGUGCUCCCGACACCUGCACCUCUGCUGCCCGCGCCGUGUCUUCACAAACCGGAGCCUGCCCAAACUGAGAGAGAUGUACCAGCGUGUUUUCCAGAAGACUCCGGACCGGCACUCGGACUUCUCUCGGCUGGCGCGGGUCCUGACUGGGAAUGCCAUCGCGCUGGUGCUGGGGGGCGGAGGAGCCAGGGGCUGCUCGCAGGUGGGUAUUAUCCGGGCGAUGACUGAGGCUGGCAUUCCCAUUGACCUGGUGGGCGGGACCUCCAUCGGCUCCUUCAUGGGCGCCCUGUACGCAGAGGAGAGGAGCUUCAACCGCAUGAGGAUCCGAGCACGGGAGUGGGCAAUGGAGAUGACUUCUUGGUUCAAGAAGGUGCUGGACCUGACCUACCCUAUCACCUCCAUGUUCAGUGGAGCCUCCUUCAACUCCGGCCUCAGCAGCAUCUUCAAGAGCAAGCAGAUCGAGGACCUGUGGAUCCCCUAUUUCAACAUCACCACUGACAUCACCGCCUCGGCCAUGCGGGUCCACACAGACGGCUCGCUGUGGCGAUAUGUCCGUGCCAGCAUGUCCCUCUCGGGGUACCUGCCCCCCCUGUGUGACCCCAAAGACGGACACCUUCUGAUGGACGGUGGCUACAUCAACAACCUGCCAGCGGACGUGGCGCGGUCCAUGGGUGCGAAGGUGGUGAUUGCCAUCGACGUGGGCAGCCAGGACGAGACGGACCUCACCAACUACGGGGACUCGCUGUCGGGCUGGUGGCUGCUGUGGAAACGCUGGAACCCGCUGAGUGAGAAGGUCAAGGUGCUGGACAUGGCUGAGAUCCAGACGCGGCUGGCCUACGUGUGCUGCGUGAGGCAGCUGGAGAUGGUGAAGAGCAGCGAGUACUGCGAGUACAUCCGGCCGCCCAUUGACCGCUACGGCACGCUGGACUUCGGCAAGUUCAACGAGAUCCUGGAGGUGGGGUACCAGCAUGGGCAGACUCUGUUUGAUGUGUGGCGCCGCAGCGGGGUGGUUGACAAGAUGCUGAAGGACCGACACCAGGAGGAGUUCCACAAGACCAAGACCUCUGACGUAGUGACCUGUCCCAACGCCUCCUUCACCGACCUGGCUGAGAUCGUGUCCCGAAUCGAGUCAGUCAAACCCGCCGUGGUGGACGACGAGUCAGAUUACCAGACUGACUACGAGGAGGAAGCAACAGAGGCGUUGAGGGGAGAGUUCAAGCCGUCCAAUCAGAACAGUGAGCACACGGAGGAGGAGGAGGAAGAGACAUGUGACACGGAUGAGGAGCUGGAGCUGCGACGCCGCCGAGUCACGAGACAGUCCGCGGCGGGCAGCGCUCAUUAGCACAGCGCCCCCUGCGGGGCUGGAGGAGUAUGACGAGUGUGUGUGUGCCAAUCUGAACGCUCAGACCGUCUCUGUCUGUCCACGGGGCUGCCUUCAAGAACAGACACCAAUCCAGAACGAUCUCCAACCGAGCCCAGUGAACAGACUUCAGCGCUUUGAGCAAAUUCACCAGAGAACUGGCUGCAGCCCUGGACUUUGUUUAAGGAAGAAAGAUGCUUUUUUUUUUUUCAAAUUUAAUCAUGCCUGUAAGAAAUGAAUCCGAUUCUUCUGCCAGGCUGCCUGACUCUUCUCUCUCCAGUCCAUUCCACCAAUGUUCUUUUAAAAGACUGAUCCCGGAUUUCAAUCUGCAUUGCUUUCCAGCAUGAGCUGUCAGUGGCAACUUUUAUUCCCUGUGCAUCGGACACUGAAACAAUCUAAUUAAGAACAUGAGAAAACGCUCCCGCUGUCCUACACACAGCGUAUAUUAACACUGUACUGCAGUCCUUUCUAGUUAUUUUAAAUACAGUGGAAUGAUCCAGAGCGACAAGAGACAGGCAGCUUGGGAUCAAAUCAACCCGAUUUCAAGAUCAGCUUAAAAAAAGUAAAAUCAGCACCAAACGGGUGCUUUGCUGUUGAGUUGAGACACACAGUGCCUUUUCAAGUGCCCUCCAUCUCCAGAGAGCAAGGACAGCAGUUUGGACAGAUUCUGAAUGAGAUCAGCACUGAACAGUUCCCUCUGCUGUGAAACCCCUGCUAACCUUCCCUUCACAACGUCCCUGCAGAGACUCGCUUUGCGCAUGUGUUUAAUGAAGGGUGUUACUACAGACCUCAUGCAGGACAGCGUGGCACAUUGCAUUGUGUCGAGUGUGAUCUGCUGUGUGAAAGCACAGUCGCACAAGUCCGUGUGAUUUGGGCUGUAAUGUAUGUCCUGUGGUACAGGGUGUCUUUUCGAGAGCACUUUUGGGGCGGCGAUCCCUGCUUAGAACUUGUGUCUGAACAAAGAAAACAAAAAGAAGGGGAUGCAUAAUAAAUAUCGUACUCACUGCGUGGCAGCUGGUUCAAAUCCAGCUCAAUCCUGCCUUUGAUUCGGUUCAUUUACCUGAAAAUCAAUGGAAAAGCAAGCUCUUCCAUGGACGGGAGAUGGCAUCAAAAUAGCCUCUUUUAUAAUGUAUGUCAUUGUUUUUUUUAAAUGAUGUCAGUAAAAAAGCCUACUGCAGUGCGAGGCUGGCAACCCUGGCACUGCCUCCCAUUACCAACACGCUCUCAUUCCAGAGUGCAAGUGCAAUAGGAGUCAUCCGAGGCACAGCCGCAGGUAACGGCGCUCAAUGAAGACCUGCUGCUAUUUAUAACUGCAGUGUUUUCAGAGCGGAUUAAAGAGAUUGCACUCUGCGUCACACACACACAGCGCUGGAGCUGUGAGCUUCUAAAAUAAACACAAAGUGUGGAGGGGCCUUGACGCACGCACACACACCCCGACAACACACACUGAAACACACACACCCCCCCCCCCCGACAACACACACUGAAACACACACACACACCCCCCGACAACACACACUGAAACACACACACACCUCAAUAACACACACUGAAACACACACACUGAUACACACACACACACUGAAACACACUGUCACUGAUACACACACACACCCUGAUAACACACUCUCACUGAUACACACACACACACACACUGAUAACACACUCUCACUGAUACACACACACACUGCAGAGGGGGCUUGACGCACACACACGCACGCACACAAUUCUUGUUUUUGUUGCUCAGUUAUUUCCGUUUAUAUAAAUCCCAACACAAACUCUCCCUGCGCAGUACAGCAUGAAACACAUGAAGAGGUCAUUGUUACACUUGUGCCCUGAACCUUCUUCCUCCUCCAGUCCCCAUGACUGGAUUUCUGGGUAAGCAGGACCUGGUCCUCCAGAGACCUCCUCGCCCUUCAAACCAGCCUGUGAGCGUCACUCUGAUCUCAAGCUCUCAUUACACUGGUAUUUAUAACUCCUCUCAAGCGCUCAUGACACGGUGGUAUUUAUAACUCCUGCACACUUCCAGAUCAGUGCGCAAAUCAACAAGCUUUUUAUUACUUUUUUCCACACAUGCUCUGUUCCAGACUGCUCACGUCAGUGUUUGUGUAAAUGCAAUUACCAGCCGCUGUCUUCUUAACCUGGUGCUCAGAGCUCAUCUGUUGGGUUACAGCUCUUGUGAUCCCUGCUGUGAUCUCUACUGCUCUGUAGCACACCUGACUGCAACUCUAGAUCAAUAAAUCAAUUCUCAGUCCA